CGGCAUGCACUGCGUGUGGGCGGGGCCUCCCCGGCGCCACGUGACCCGCUCCAGCUGCACAGGAGGAGGAGGAGGAGGAAGGGAUGAGUGCAGACAAAGCCUGGAGAGAGACAUGAGUGGCGGUGAUUGCGUGUUCCUACGUGUUCCUCUGAGCACGUGAAGAGUGCCGUCCCCGCAGAGAGAAGGGCGGUCUCCCUCGGGUGCCAGGGAUGAGCAUCAACAGCGACUAUGGGGAGGAGUGGGGCCGGUCGGAGGCCGGGGAGCGGGCCCGCCUGCUCCAGAGCCCCUGCGUGGAGACGGCCGUGGCGGCCGGGGGGCUGAAGGUCGGCGAGGGUCGCGGCCCGGCCUCCACCUCGGUCCUGGGGGCCGUCUUCAUCGUGGUGAACGCCGCACUCGGGGCCGGGCUGCUCAACUUUCCUGCCGCCUUCAGCAUGGCCGGCGGAGUCGGGGCCGGCAUCGCCCUGCAGAUGUGCAUGCUGGUGUUCAUCAUCGGGGGCCUGGUCAUCCUGGGCUACUGCUCUCAGGCCAGCAACGAGAGCACCUACCAGGAGGUGGUCUGGGCCGUCUGCGGCAGGGUCCCCGGCGUGCUCUGCGAGGUCGCCAUCGCCGUCUACACCUUCGGCACCUGCAUCGCCUUCCUCAUCAUCAUCGGUGACCAGCAGGACAAAAUCAUCGCCGCCUUGGUGAAGGACCCCCCGGGGACGGAGCGCUGGUACACAGACCGGAAGUUCACCAUCAGCCUGACCGCCCUCCUGCUCAUCCUGCCCCUCUCCCUCCCCAAGGAGAUCGGCUUCCAGAAGUACGCCAGCGCCCUGAGCGUGGUGGGGACCUGGUACGUCACCGCCAUCAUCAUCAUCAGGUACAUUUGGCCCGACCAAGCCAUCAGCCCAGAAGACAUCCCGACCAGGCCUUCCUCCUGGAUGUCCGUGUUCAACGCCAUGCCCACCAUUUGCUUUGGCUUCCAGUGCCACGUCAGCAGCGUCCCUGUCUUCAACAGCAUGAAGCGCCCGGAGCUGAAGCCUUGGGGAGCCGUCGUGACGGCAGCCAUGGUCAUCGCCCUCUUUGUUUACAUCGGAACAGGGGUCUGUGGCUUCCUGACCUUUGGCUCCCGGGUGGAUCAGGACGUGCUCAUGUCCUACCCGUCCAGCGACGUCCCGGUGGCCAUCGCCAGGGCCUUCAUCAUCCUCUGCGUCCUCACCUCCUACCCCAUCCUCCACUUCUGCGGACGGGCGGUGCUGGAGGGCCUGUGGCUGCGCUUCAAGGGGGAGGCCGUGGAGGAGGACGUGGGGCGGGAGCGGCGCCGGCGCUGGGCCCAGACCGGGACCUGGUUCCUCUCCACGCUCCUCCUGGCCCUCUUCAUCCCCGACAUCGGGAAGGUCAUCUCCCUCAUUGGCGGGCUGGCCGCCUGCUUCAUCUUCGUCUUCCCAGGGCUCUGCCUCAUCCACACGAAGCUCUCCGAGAUCCAGGAGGCCCGGCCGGCCAGCUGGUGGGUGAUGGUUUGCUAUGGCGUCUUCAUGGUUGUUCUGGGAGCCUUUAUCUUUGGGCAGACGACAGCCAAUGCCGUCUCCACGGACCUCACAAAGUGACCCCUCGGACACAACCCUUCGGACGUUUGGUGGGAAGAACGGCAUCCGGACUCGGCCUUUGGGUUCCAUCUUCCGUUCCAGAUUCUUCACCACUGGACCUGGUGCUUCACCUGUUUUUAAUGACCUCGUCCUAUUUGAGC